AUGUGUUUGCUUGAAUGGGGGAGGCCCAAAAUGUUUACAAUUACACUUGAUAAUGCAAGUUCAAAUAAUGUGGUAGUUUCGUAUCUCAAAAGAAAGACAAAGAAUAGAAGUGAUACGAUUUUGGAACAUGAGUUCUUGCAUAUGAGAUGUUAUGCUCAUAUCUUGAACUUAAUUGUUCGGGAUGGGUUGAAAGAAUAUGAUCAAUCAAUUGCAAGAAUUAGAGGAGCUGUGAAGUAUGUAAAAUCAUCUCCACAAAGGUUGAACACAUUUAAGCAAUGUUGUGACAAUGAUGGUAUUACUUGUAAAAGUGGUGUAUGCUUAGAUGUAGCAACCCGUUGGAACUCCACUUAUAUGAUGUUGGAUAGGGCUGAAAAAUUUCAAAAAGCAUUUGAACGGCUAGAGGAUGAAGAUCCGGGAUAUAUUAAGAGUGUUGGGGAAGAUGAUAGUGAUGAUGAUGAUGGUGUUAGUGAGUUGGAUAGAGGAGGGGCAUCCAAGUUAGGGCCUCCAACCAUGGAUGAUUGGGAUAAGAGUAGGUUGUUUGCAAACUUUUUGAAACUUUUUUAUGAUGCAACUUGCGUUUCUCGGAGACCAAUUAUGUCACUUGCAAUAGUUUUUUUAUUUGAGUUAGCAACAAUUCAAGCUGCAAUUAACAUGGAGUGUGUGGAAGGGCCUCAUAAUUUGAGGACAAUGGCAUUUAGUAUGAAAUCUAAAUAUGAGAAGUAUUGGGGAAAUAUUGAAAAAAUGAAUCUUUUGUUGUAUGUUGGGUUGGUUUUUGAUCCUCGGUAUAAAUUGCGUGGUUUAACAUAUAUUUUUGAAGGAAUAUAUGAGGAUAAUAGUUCAAAAGUUUUUAUGUUGGUGGAUUGGGUUCAAGAUGCCUUGACUCGUUUAUAUGAUAGUUAUUGUGAAAAUGAUGAAAGUAAUGUUGGGAUACAAGAUCAAACUAUAAGCCAAUCAAGCGAGAGAGGGGCUGGUAGUACAAGUUCAACUGUUGGGGUAGGUCAAGGUGAUUUCAAAUCAUUAAUCCAUGCACAAAUUAAGAAGUGUUUGGAGUCGGAUAACUCUUUGGCGACUAAAUCUGAAUUGGAGAGAUAUUUAUCUGAAAAAUGUGAAGAAGAUGAUGUGAAAUUCGACUUGUUGACUUGGUGGAAGGUCAACUCCAUUAGAUACUGCGUGCUUUCAAGAGUUGCGCGGGAUGUUCUUGCAGUUCCGAUAUCUACAGUGGCCUCUGAGUCAGCUUUUAGCACAGCAGGUCGAGUACUUGAUCCGUUCCGCAGUAGCCUAUCUCCACUUAUGGUAGAAGCUCUUAUUUGUACACAAAAUUGGCUCCGUUCUUCUGCCCCGAUUAACAUUCGUACUUUAAUAGAUGAUGUUGAGGAGUUUGAGAAAAUUGAUACAGAGCUCAUGGAAGAUCUAGAGAAUUCUUCAAGACCUACUUCUUUGGCCGGAGAUAAUUAA